AUGAAGUUCACCACCGUCGCCGCUUUGACGUCUCUCCUGAGCGUCACCGCCGCCGCCAAGGACAAGCGUACCUUUGCUGUCCUCCACUUCACCAACAAGCAGCUCACCAUUGCUCGCGCCGAUCCCAUUGUUACCCCCGGCAAACCCUCGUCUCACGUUCACCAUGUUCUCGGCGGAAGCGGCUUUGGUCUUUCAUCCACUGGAGAGGAUCUCAAAAACUCAAAGUGCAGUACUGCAAAGGUCAAGGGCGACAACUCCAACUACUGGUUCCCCUCGCUCUACUUCAAGGACCCCAAAUCCGGCAAUCUCGAGUCCGUCGAGCUCUUCUACGCCAAUGUCUACUACUUCUUCGAAGCCACCAACGACGAUAUCAAGGCGUUCCCCAUGGGCCUGCAGAUGUUCACUGGCGAUCCCACUACCCGCUCACCUCCCACGGCCGGCGCCAAAUCAAACUUUGACCCUUCCAAGGGCCCCGUCAACGGUAUCAAGUGGACCUGCCCUCGCAAGGACCUAGACCGACCUGGCUGGCCCGUCAACUCCAAGGGCCUCAUGGCCGGCAUGCAGGACCCCCAAAACAAGGGAGAGGGUGUCGGCUUCCCUGAUGUCGAAUGCGACGGCUAUGCCUCGCCCCUCCGUGCCGAUGUUCACUUCCCCUCUUGUUACAACCCUCAGGCCGGCCUGACCGACUACAAGAACAACAUGGCCUGGCCCCAGGACAACAACGGCAAGGCUGACUGCCCCAAGGGUUGGAUUCACGUCCCUCACAUCUUCUUUGAGGCGUACUGGAACACACCUGCUUUCUCUGGACGCUGGGAGCAGGGCAAGGGCCAGCAGCCUUUUGUCCUUGCCAACGGUGAUACCACCGGUUACAGCCUGCACGCCGACUUCAUGUCCGGCUGGGAUGAGCCCCUUCUUCAGCACAUCAUCGACACUUGUGAUACUGGCACCUCUGGUAUGGAAAACUGCGCCGGCCUCUUUUACGGUCAGAACAAGGAUGAGUGCACCAUUGAGUCGCCCGUCGCUGAAACGGUCGUUGGCACCAUGCCUAACCUGCCUGGAAACAACCCCCUUACUGGAUGGUCGUAUGGCGCCGGCGAUGGUGGUCAGUCUCCCCAGCCUAGCCAAGGCCAGUCUUCCAGCGCCGCUGCUGGUCCCAGCAGCAGCGCGUCUUCUGCCCCUGCCUCUUCGGCCCCUGCCUCUUCUGCUCCUGCUUCCUCUGCUCCUGCUUCCUCUGCUCCUGCCUCUUCGGCCCCCGCCUCUUCGGCCCCCGCUUCCUCUGCUACCGAGCCCCCUAAGACUUCUGAGGCAACUCCCAAGCCCACUUCCCCCUCCGAGUCUGGCUCUCCUAUCAAGUCGAGUGCGUCGUCUCAAACCAGCGGUGCCCCUUCGCCCACCCUCUCCGGCGCACCUGUUAGCUCUGACCAGUGCAAGCCCGCGACUGUACACACCAUUUACAGGACUGUCACCGUCACCGGCAGCGCCCCUGCCAGCACCAGCACCAGCGGCGCUGGCGCUGAUGUUGGCGGCUUCAAGUAUGCUGGCUGCUUCAAGGACACUUCGAACCGCGCGCUCAAUGGCAAGGUUCGCCCUAACAUCGGCAGCAUGAGCAAUGAGAAGUGCGUCGCUGAGUGCAAGAAGCUUGGCUUCUCCGCCGCCGGUACCGAGUACGGUGGUCAGUGCUACUGUGGCAACGAGCUCGAGAGCUCGGAGCGCCUCGAAGAGUCCGCUUGCAACGCCGCCUGUGAGGACAAUGCCUCGUCCAUGUGCGGUGGCAGCUGGGCUUUGUCUGUCUACAGCGAGACUGGUGAGGUCAGCAUGAAGAACUCCCAGCGCCGCCGCCACAUGCACGAUCACAUGAAGCGCCGCUCUGGCCGUUUCUAA